CGAGAUUUCAGUUAAGCGACAGCAUUGGGUCGGGUAACAAUAUUAUUUACAAAAACGUAACGUCUUUUUUGUUGUUGUUGUGUGUCGAUGUUUUGAAAUAUGUUGAAUAUUGGAAAUUGUUUGUUCUGACGAAAGAUAUCUGUUUGAAAAGUGUAGAAUUUGAAUCUAUCAGAAAUCGGUGUUGCCUUAACGAAAUGGAUUUAUAUCGACGUAAUCAAUAAGAUCUGCCAUAUUUUCUGUGUUUUGAAAUUAAAACCGUUAGACAAUGAAUUUUCCGCUAAAAGUUUAUCAUAAUUGAGAUUAAGUGAAGAGGAGAAAACAAAAGUGUUAAAGAUACAAAUUGCAGAAUGGAUUGCACUGUUUUGAAUAUUGAACUGCAUUGAAAAAUGUUCGGUUAUUGUUUUGAAACUGUUUGAACAUUGAAUCAUCUAAGAUCUAAAGCAAAAUAUUGUACGAAAUUGAUUACGGUUUAGUGUAGAUCGCUGAAUAUAAUAACUGUGUCGAAGAAAAACAAAAAAAAAUAAAACAAAACCAAAUCAUCAUCGAUUGGGAAAGACGAUCAUUUAGUCAAAAUGGAUUUAACUGUACUGAUAUUCACUUAUUUAUUGGCUCUGUGCACAUGCUUCGAAGCUGAAAGUAAACAGAAACCAGGACGGGGUCGAGGAUCGAUGUGGUGGGGCAUUGCGAAAGUGGGCGAACCCAAUAACAUCUCACCGUUAACGUCAGGCAUUAUGUAUAUGGAUCCGGCGAUACAUAAAACGUUGCGACGAAAGCAACGGCGUCUGGUCCGAGAGAAUCCAGGUGUACUGUCCGCACUGGUCAAAGGUGCAAAUUUAGCCAUAUCCGAAUGUCAACAUCAAUUUCGGAAUCGACGAUGGAAUUGUUCGACGAGAAAUUUUUUGCUGGGCAAAAAUUUAUUCGGAAAGAUUGUGGAUAAAGGUUGUCGAGAAACAGCAUUUAUCUACGCAAUAACAAGUGCAGCCGUCACACAUUCGAUAGCCCGUGCUUGCAGCGAAGGUUCUAUUGAGUCUUGUACAUGCGAUUACAGCCAUCAUUCGCGAUUACCACAGCCGAAUAGUAUGGGUGUUGUGGCCGGUGUACGAGAUUGGGAGUGGGGUGGCUGUUCGGACAAUAUUGGCUUUGGCUUUAAGUUUUCGCGAGAUUUUGUGGAUACUGGUGAACGAGGUCGGAAUUUACGAGAGAAAAUGAAUCUACAUAACAAUGAAGCUGGAAGAGCGCACGUCCAAGCUGAAAUGCGUCAAGAGUGUAAAUGUCAUGGGAUGUCUGGGUCGUGUACGGUUAAAACGUGCUGGAUGCGAUUACCAACAUUUCGCAUUGUUGGCGAUAAUCUGAAAGAUCGUUUCGACGGUGCCUCGCGAGUUAUGGUCAGCAAUAGCUUACGUGGAGGCAAUAGCGAAAAUUCGAUACAACAUCACAAUAGUGCAUCAAAUUCGCUGAAUGUAGCGUCUAGUUCGAAUAGCAUAUCAAGCAAUUCAGUGAGAGCACGAGGAUUGCAUAACAAGAAAAAUAAUAGAUACCACUUUCAACUCAAACCAUACAAUCCAGAACAUAAGCCACCGAGUGGUAAGGAUCUCGUCUAUCUGGAACCAUCGCCGAACUUCUGUACGCGAAGUACACGAAUGGGCAUCCAGGGCACGUAUGGUCGCCAAUGUAAUGAUACAUCGAUUGGUGUCGAUGGCUGUGAUCUAAUGUGUUGCGGACGAGGUUAUCGGACACAUGAAGUGAAAGUGGUGGAACGGUGUGCGUGCACGUUCCAUUGGUGUUGUGAAGUAAAGUGUAAAUUGUGUCAAAUCCAAAAAACUAUCCACACUUGUCUGUAGAUUCAAUUUUUUGUGGUUUAGGAUUUUUAUUUUCAAAUUUUAGGAUUUUCUUUUUCCAAUUUUGUUUUUUAAAUUUGUUUAGAAGAAAAACGAGUGUAAAUAAAAAGAAAACAAAAAAAAAGUUCUCUAAUUAAAUUAUAAAAUGUUUUAUGCACAAAGACACCAAAUAUAACAAUUGUAAUUCUUAAUAAUUUAUGAUUUUAAAUUCAACAUAAUUUUAUAAUCUUAAGAGUCGAAAAAACGAACAGUUUAAAGAUUUAAUCAGACAAAAAAAUCAGUAAAAUCGGUGGAAUAAACUCGCUGGUGCAAAAUACGGUCUCUUUUUGUGUGGAUCUGUGGAUCUUGCAAGCAAUGUUGUUUGAAAAUACGAUCAUUGUUAAGCUUUCACUGAUGGCAAGCGUAUCAAAGGUAGUAAUCGAAUCUAUUACUUUGGUCUAAGUACUUUUAACAGAUUGAAAUAAAAUCUUUUACUUCAUUUGUUUUAACGAACACUUUUCUGGAGCUGGAGUUAAGGAACUAAUUAUUUCUGACUUUAUUGUCUAUCGACAACAGAUGGUAUGGCAGUCCGUAAAACGUGCAUUAAAGGUUUGACAUUUCAACAGGCCACUUCUUUAUUAAAACUAAUAAUAUUAGAUUAGAAUUUCAUCCGUUCACAAAAAAAAACUAUUGAAUUAUAACUUUCAGCAAAUUCAUUCCAAUUUCCAUAUACGUGGCGCAAUAUUAAUGAUGCAUACAAUGCUGGAAGUUAUAAUCCAUUCGUUGUAUUUUGUAUACAAAAUAAUUUUAAAGCGAGUGAAAUCAGGAGAAACCGAAAAUUGAUUACUGUUUGUAUUUUUUAUUAAAUGCCGGUUAACCAUUUAGACGUCGACACCGACGACAAAAAUAAUCAGUUAGAUCUGACAAGUGUCUCAUUUAUAAAUGAAAGUGUAUGUUAAAAGUAACGAAGUAAAAGAUUCAGGUAUAGUGUAGUUGAAACGAAAGAAUGAACGAAUUUAGUAUUUACAGCAUAAUACAUGUGCCGUUUGUAAGAGGUUAAAUAACUUCAAACUUCCUGAAUUUUGGUGAACUUUUUUUUAGUGUAACGAUAUCAUUUAUGGAAAAGUGUCGAAAAUUUGAUGUAAAUUUUAAAUUUCAUAUAAAUUUCCUUCCGCCUUCUUUUUCUAAGUCCACUUAGAAUCACAAAACUGCGUCAUACUUUGCACCAGCGUUGCAUAUAGAAUGUAAUGUAACAUAUUGACAGUAUUAUUAACAAACCCAGUUUUAAAAAUUCUCCGUUUUUCCUUAUUAAUUUCACUGUACAGAGUUUUACUUAUGGUUAAGACAUAAUUUUAAACAAAUGAAUUUUAAUAUAAAAUACCUAAGUUGAUAUUUAUUCAACGAAGACUGAUAAUAUGUAAAUGAUUGUGUAACUGAUAAUAGAAUUAACGGAAAAAACAUUAAAGAAGGAAAAAUAUUAGAAAACGGAAAAAAAUUGCAACUAAAACUUCCAUGUUUAGACAAAUAAAAAGAGCAGAAAAACAAAAUAUUUUUUUAUAAAAAAAGCCUUUGACGUAAAUAAUAUCUGUAAAAAACGAAUAAAAGUUAAAUUAAGUGAAAAAAUAUUUAUUUAAAAUGAACAGAAAUAUUUAGGAAACUUGUGGAUAUUUGUAAAUAGAUCUUAGAAUUUGAUUGUAAGAAUUUAUCGAGCAUUUAUAAAAAAAACGUUGAAGAAUUAAACAAAAAAACUAAAAAAAUAAAUUAUCGUAAAAGAAUUUUAAUUGUAAUUGCCCACUUAUAAACGAGAUAAAAAAUAAUUAAUGAAAAAUUGUACGCAAAAUGUUUCUGUUAAGCGAGAAUUUUGUUAAAUUAAAGCAAUGAUAAAAAAAAUCAGCACAACCCAUACACACACUCAAUGAUGUCAGGUAUUUUUAGAACCAUAAACGUACUUUGAAUAUAUUCAUGUUUGGUCGAUUAAUAAAAAAAGUCUUUGCCUCCGCACAACGAAGUAAGAAAAAAAAUCAUUUAAACGAAAAUAAUAAAUUUUGUAAUGUAAAAUAUGA